AACAGUGCUGAGUAAGGGAGAGACAAGGAAAGACGCCUGCAUGAAGACUGAGCUGCUGAAAGAUAUCACCAACAACAAAGAGGAAGGAUUUAAUGCCAUGGCUGCAGAUGAAAGCGCUACAGAAAAGCAAGCAGGGGAACCAAAAAUGGCAGUAGACGGUGAAACCAACGGUUCCUGUGAGCACAGCGAAGCUGGUAGCCACCCAAACCCAGCUAAAAACACUCAGGACAAUACGAAAGUGAGCCAGCAGGACUCUAGUACUAAAUUAAAUAGGAUAGCGGAAAAUGGCAUUUCUGAACGAGAUGGUGAGACUGGGAAGCAAAACCACAUGAAAGCUAAUGACUUCACACAGACUUCUGUAACAGGGAGCAAUGGAUAUAUCCUAACCAAGCAGAUGGCACAGGAGCAACCCCUAAGGACUACCAGCACCUUUGCUUCUCUCACCGGCCAUGCUGCAAAAACCCUUCCAGGAGGAGCAAGCAAAGGGAGAACUGUGGGCUCCUUUUCUCAGAUGCAAGCCACGAUGCCAGCCAAGCUUGGGGAGGGCAGUAAGGACAUGGAUGCUAAAAAAGCCACCGCUGCUAACACUGAAGUCAAGGUCCACAGAGCACGGAAGACAAUGCCUAAACCCACCCCCAGCCUGCAUGCAAGUAAAGACCCCAAAGAUGGGAGAGACAGCAGAGAUCAAAAAGAAUCCAAGGAGGAAGGCAACAAAACCAUCCUGGAGUUUGGGAAGCCGUUGCCGUUGCCCUCUCUCCCGGGCCUUCACCAGUCACUACCUCAGAACCAGAGCUAUGUGGCCACCACAAAGUCGCAGACGGCUGCUGCAGUAUCUCGGAAGAAGAAACGGAGAAUGGGAACCUAUAGCCUGGUUCCCAAGAAAAAGACCAAAGUGUUAAAACAGAGAACAAUGAUUGAGAUGUUUAAGAGCAUAACUCAUUCCUCUGCAGGUGCCAAGAGUGAAAAGGACCUGGGUGAUGCCAGCCCUCACGUGAACGGGGAAAGCAUAGAUGUAGACUCUGAAGAGGAAGACUCUGAUGAGUUGGAAGAGGAGGAUGAUCACGGAGCAGAACAGGCAGCUGUAUUUCCUGCAGAUGAUAACAGAACCUCUAAAGACAGCGCGUCAGAUGCAGACAACGCCAGAAAGAUUGAUGAUGUCGAGUCUGAGGAGGAGCAGGAGUCUGGAGAGUCUAUGGAGGAGGAGGAAGAUGGAGACGAGUCUGAUUUGAGCUCCGAGUCCAGCGUCAAGAAGAAGCUGCUGAAGAGGAAAGGAAAGACGGAGAGUCCAUGGCUGAAACCCACCCGCAAGAGGAGACGGAGGAAUAAAAAGAAACAAGCCAGUGUACUAGGUGCUGAAGCCUAUAAACCAUCUUUGGGAGGCAGAGAGGUCCCCGGCCAGGAGAACAGCAUGGAGUACAUGGAGGUGUCCCUGGAUUCCCUGGAUCUCCGGGUGAAGGGGAUCCUCUCGUCGCCGGCGGGAGGUCUUUCCAACGGUCCUGAAGCAAUGGAAGUAGAUGGCCUCCAGGAAGUCCCCCUCUGUAGCUGUCGAAUGGAAACCCCCAAAAGCAGAGAGAUCACCACGCUAGCCAACAACCAGUGCAUGGCCACGGAGAGUGUGGAUAACGAGCUGGGCCGAUGCACAAACAGUGUGGUUAAGUAUGAACUGAUGCGCCCGUCUAACAAAGUCCAGCUUUUGGUGCUGUGUGAGGACCAUAGAGGGAGGAUGGUGAAACACCAGUGUUGCCCUGGCUGUGGAUACUUUUGCACUGCAGGCACUUUCAUGGAGUGUCAGCCGGAGAGCAGCAUCUCCCACCGCUUCCACAAGAACUGUGCCUCCCAGGUCAACGACAUGAGCUACUGCCCUCACUGCGGGGAAGAGGCCUCCAAGGCAAAGGAGGUGACAAUAGCAAAAGCGGACACGACCUCGACGGUGUCGCUGACCUACGAGCAGCAGAAACCAGUGGCUGUGGAGGGAAGGGCCGACACCACGACGGGGAGUGGCACUGGGACGCGGUUAUCAGAGGAAGACAAGCCAGAAAGUUCAGCUGCUGAGGGGUUUGACAUGGCUGGGUCUUCAGUUUUUCCAAAGCCUACUACUAGCCUGACCCAGGGACCAGUUAAAGAAACUCUGGAAAGUGCCCUGAUUGCCCUGGACUCUGAAAAACCCAAGAAGUUACGGUUCCAUCCAAAGCAGUUGUACUUCUCUGCGAGGCAAGGAGAGCUGCAAAAAGUUCUGCUUAUGUUGGUGGAUGGAAUUGACCCCAAUUUUAAAAUGGAGCAUCAGAAUAAGAGAACCCCUCUCCAUGCCGCCGCUGAGUCUGGCCACGUGGACAUCUGCCAUAUGCUGAUUCAGGCUGGUGCUAAUAUAGACACCUGCUCUGAAGACCAGAGGACUCCACUGAUGGAAGCAGCAGAAAACAACCAUCUGGAAACUGUGAAAUACCUUAUCAAAGCUGGAGCACUAGUAGAUCCUAAGGAUGCGGAGGGCUCCACAUGUCUGCACUUGGCUGCCAAGAAGGGGCACUACGACGUUGUUCAGUACCUCCUCUCCAACGGGAAGAUGGAUGUCAACUGCCAGGAUGACGGAGGCUGGACGCCGAUGAUCUGGGCCACUGAGUACAAGCACAUCGAGCUGGUGAAGCUGCUGCUUGCGAAGGGGUCAGACAUCAACAUCCGUGACAAUGAGGAAAAUAUUUGCUUGCACUGGGCUGCUUUUUCUGGCUGCGUUGACAUAGCGGAGAUACUGCUGGCUGCUAAGUGUGAUUUACAUGCAGUGAAUAUACACGGGGACUCACCCCUGCAUAUUGCAGCCAGAGAGAACCGCUACGAGUGUGUCGUUCUCUUCCUUUCCCGUGGCUCGGAUGUCACUUUAAAGAACAAGGAGGGUGAGACUCCACUGCAGUGCUCCAGCCUUAACUCUCAGGUCUGGGUAGCCCUACAGAUGAACAAGACUCUCAAAGAAUCAUCUACUGACAAGCCUGCCCAGAUAGAGAAGGUGGUGAGCAGAGACAUCGCCCGGGGUUAUGAGCGGAUCCCGAUUCCCUGCGUCAAUUCAGUGGACAGCGAGCCUUGUCCAAGCAACUACAAAUAUGUUUCACAGAACUGUGUCACCUCUCCGAUGGACAUUGAUAGAAACAUCACUCAUUUACAGUAUUGCGUAUGUAUAGAUGACUGCUCCUCCAGUAACUGCAUGUGUGGCCAACUCAGUAUGCGCUGCUGGUAUGAUAAGGACGGCCGACUCCUGCCCGAAUUCAACAUGGCUGAGCCCCCGCUGAUCUUCGAGUGCAAUCACGCGUGCUCCUGCUGGCGAACCUGUAGGAACCGAGUGGUGCAAAAUGGGCUCAGGACUCGGUUGCAGCUUUAUCGGACACAAAAGAUGGGCUGGGGUGUGCGAACAAUGCAAGACAUUCCACUGGGAACCUUUGUGUGCGAGUACGUUGGUGAGCUGAUAUCCGAUUCCGAGGCAGACGUCCGUGAAGAGGACUCCUACCUCUUUGACCUUGACAACAAGGAUGGAGAGGUGUACUGCAUAGAUGCCCGUUUCUAUGGCAACAUCAGCCGCUUCAUAAACCACCUCUGCGAGCCAAACCUCAUCCCCGUGCGAGUCUUCAUGUCGCAUCAGGACCUCCGCUUCCCCAGGAUCGCCUUCUUCAGCACGAGGCACAUAGAAGCCGGCGAAGAAAUCGGCUUUGACUACGGGGACAGGUUCUGGGACAUCAAAGGCAAAUACUUCAGCUGUCAGUGCGGUUCACCCAAGUGCAAACACUCGAGCUCAGCGCUGGCCCAGCGGCAGGCGAGCACCUCGUCCCAGGACACGCAGGAAAACGGGCUCCCCGACACCAGCUCUGCCACGGCAGCCGGCCCCUUUUGAGGCUCCGCUCCCCAGAGACUGACUUGUUUUAACCCUAUAGGUUCACAUACUGUCUGAUAUUUCCAUUUAAAGAGAAAAAA